AUGUCGAUUACUGUGUCAGUAUCUCUGUGUUUUCUUCUAGCACAGGCUAAAGGCGCAGUAACUCCAGCACAGGCAACUUUAUUAGCGACAAAAGUGUACGAAACCCUCCAAACGUUUUCACAACAGGCUGAUGCGAAUAGAAUGACAUUCUUAUAUGUUCAUUAUGAAAAUGAUCUGGCCAAACCUCACUAUACAAAUGCGGUUGUGCACCAGCAAUUCCAAGGAACAAAGAAAUUCCGAAAGCUAUUUGGUAAAACGACCCCAUAUUGGCCAGCUCCCGAGGACAUCCCAAUUGGAAAUGACUCUCCAAUUGUCGACAACCUGAUGGUUGCGCCUUUUCCAAAAGCGGGAAAUAAAGAAGAUCUGAAGGUUAUUUUAGUUCCGCUGAAGAGUGUGAAUUCACUCAAAUGUCCCAAGAUCGUAAUAUUUGGAAGAAAAGGGUAUACCGAAAAGACUGUUGAAAUUGAAGGCUGGCCAAAAGGCAAUGAUGGAUAUUUCAACUUAAAGAAUAAUAUAAAAAACGUUAACGUUUGCAACAACACGGAAUUUUUCUACUAUAUUCAUGAAAAAUUGAAUGAUGAAAGGGUGCUUGAGUUGCUUGCAGAGAAUAAUGUCAAUGUCGAUUACAAUUCAUACCAUUUGCUGUAA